UAUUAAAUGAAAGUCUUGGUUGCUGUCAAGAGAGUUGUAGAUUCAGGAAUAAAAGUGAGAGUUAAGCCAGAGGGUAUAGAUCUUCAAGGAGUUAAGAUGACAAUUAAUCCUUUUUGUGAAAUUGCAGUAGAAGAGGCUGUUAGAUUAAAAGAAAAAAAAUUGAUAGCUGAAAUUGUUGCUGUCACAAUUGGACCUAAAUAAGGAGCAGAAAGUUUAAGACAUGCUCUUGCUUUAGGGGCUGAUAAAGCUAUUCAUGUUACUACUGAAGCAAGAAUUGAUUAAACUGUAUAGCCAUUAGAUGUUGCCAAUAUCUUGGCUAAAUUAGUUGAAAGAGAUAAGUAAUAUUCUUUUUUUAUUUUUAGUUAUAAUCUUGUCUUAAUGGGUAAAUAAUCUAUAGAUGAUGAUUUUAAUUAAACUGGUUAAAUGGUAGCAGGAUUAUUAGAUUGGCCAUAAGCAACAUUUGCUUCUAAUAUACAAAUUACUGAUGGAAUAGCUUAAGUUGUCAGAGAAAUUGAUGGAGGACUUUAAACUGUUAAAUUUAAAUUACCAGGAGUUAUUACAUGCGAUUUAAGAUUAAAUUAACCAAGAUUUGCAAGUGUUCCAAAUAUUAUGAAAGUAUAUUAUUUAUAUAUAAUUCUUUAAUAGGCAAAAUCAAAACCAUUAGAAACCAUACCACUUGAAAAAUUAGGCAAAUUACAUAAUUCUAUUCAAAUCACAAAAACUGAAGCUCCUUCUAUUAGAAAAGGUGGAGCUAUUGUAGAAAAUGUAGAUGUGCUCUUAUAGAAAUUAAGAAAUGAAGCCAAAUUAUUCUGAUAUUGUAUAAAUAGAAAAG